AUGAAGACCAUCAUUGUCCUCAUGCUCCUCAAAAUGGCUUGGGCUUUGCCUGCGACUGGUGACAAUGACGAUGACAAGAUCGUUGGGGGCUAUACCUGUGUCAAGAAUGCCCUUCCAUACCAGGUGUCCCUGAGUGUGGGCUACCACGUGUGUGGAGGUGCCCUCAUCAGCCGCCAGUGGGUGCUGUCUGCUGCUCACUGCUAUAAACCACGCUUCGAGGUGAGAUUAGGUGAACAUAACCUCCAAGUCACUGAAGGGACAGAGCAGUUCAUCAACUCAGUAAAGGUCAUCAAGCACCCCAACUACAAGAGUGUGACCUCAGGCCAUGACAUCAUGCUGAUCAAGCUGGCCAGGCCCGUUGUCUUCACCAAAGGCGUCAACACCAUCUCCCUGCCCAGCUCCUGCCCCAAGAUUGGAACUCGGUGUCUAAUCUCCGGCUGGGGCAGCAUGCAGGCUUCUGCCCGGAAUGGCUCCAGCUCCAUGUUCCCCAACUCUCUGCAAUGCCUGAAGGCCCCCAUCCUCUCCACUAGUGCCUGCCGCAAAGCCUACCCUGGUCUGAUCAGCAACAGCAUGAUCUGCCUGGGCUUUCUCGAGGGCGGGAAGGAUUCCUGCCAGGGUGAUUCUGGUGGCCCUGUGGUCUGCAAUGGGAUCCUCCAGGGGAUUGUUUCCUGGGGUAAAGGCUGUGCCCGCAAAGGCAAACCUGGUGUCUACACCAAAGUCUGCGACUAUGUCGAGUGGAUCCAGAACACCAUAGCAGCUAACUGA